CACGCUCGAGAACUUUGAUGGCACGUUUCAACGCGAAAGCAAAUCAGUAUUUUGCGACAUUAGUUGCUAAUUUUCCCGGACUUUUCUUCGGGAUGUCCAUAGGAUGGUUAUCACCAUCAAUACCACAGCUUCUUUCCCCACAAAGCCCCUUACCGAGUGGUCCAAUCUCAAUAGAUGAAGCUUCCUGGGUCAGUUCUAUUCUAUACUUGGCCGGAAUAAUUGGUACAAUUGUUUUCGGAUGGCUUGUAGAUCGUAUUGGAAGAAAAUACAGUGUUUAUAUCGGAACGAUUCCUAACAUUAUAGCUUGGUUACUGAUACCACUUGCUAAUAAUGUAAUCUACCUAUACAUAUCAAGAGUGUUUAGUGGUAUCGCAGCUGGAGCUGUUUUUGUAACUGUGCCACUUUUUGUAGCUGAAAUAGCAGAAACGUCGAUUCGUGGAAUUCUUGGCAGUAUUUUGGGAAUCUCAAUUACAAUAGGCAUUCUCCUUGGUCAAGUGAUUUGUACCUAUAUGUCGUUCUUUAACGCACCAUAUGUCGUAUUGGGUCUAUGUAUAUUCUUUUUCGCCAUCUUCCUCAUAUUCCCAGACACGCCACAAUAUCUGUUGAUGCGCAACAAGAAUAUUGCGGCAGAGGAUGCACUCAAUUAUUACCGAGGUGUCAAUCAAGAGUCCACCGGGGAUUUUCUGGCACAAGUCAAUCAGGAAAUGGAGCAACUAAGGGAGACCCACGUGGAUACCACCACAACAACACCCAUCUCCAUGGAAGACUUCAAGUCUACUGCUACGAAGAGAGCUCUCGUUAUAUCAACAAUUUUGUUCCUUGGGCGGAAUAUGUGUGGCCUAUUCCCACUUGUCAAUUUCACAGAAACCAUCUUCAUGGCAAGUGGGUCAGCUUUAGAUAAUACUGCAUCGACAUUUAUAGUGUCCUCACUUGCAAUAUUAGCCUGUAUCCUAUGCACUAUACUCGUAGAUCGUACGGGAAGACGAUUGGUACUCAUAGUAUCGUGUGCAGGAUCAGCACUCGGUCUUCUGGGUCUGGGAGUAUUUUUUCUCCUUAAAUCCGAAGGAUAUGAUCUGAGUAAUAUCAAUUGGUUUCCUCUCACAGCUUUUUCAAUCUUUGUUUUUCUCUCCAAUUUUGGUGUUGUAACAGUCCCGCAUUUCGUGGGAGCAGAAAUUUUGCCAUUUAAACUUCGUGGUGUUGUCUUUAGUACAAUGAUGCUGAUCUCUUGGCCACUUCUCUUCCUCUUGACUCAUUACUUCCUCAUUGUAGCUGAAGAAUACGAUAUGUAUUAUUUUGUUUUUGUUUUCUUCGCUUGGUGUACAUUCCAAACGAUCUACGUUCUCAUUUGGGUACCAGAAACGAAGGGUAGAAGUCUCGAAGAGAUCACGAAUGCAAUGGAAAAUACUUACUAAAAAAAGAAUAAUUGUCUUCGGGCUUAGAUAGUGUUGCGGUAGGUAGACAUAAAAACAUCCACCCCAUAAAAAUGCAUAAUUUAUGGGUUUUAGGUAUAUAUUUUUCUUCAUACACCAGAAAAACUCCCACCCAUGCUAUAGCUCGUAUAUCUAUAUAAGACCGUAUUGUAUUUUUUCCCAGUAUGCAUUAUUUAAAAUUGACUAAAAAUUUAUGAUACCAUCAAACUUUUUAAUGAUUUUAUCUCUUCCUAUUCGCUGUAUAGCUGAAAAAUAUAUAAAUAAAUUCUGGACUGUGCUCUCUCUGGAGAGAUAUAAAAUACUAAAG